CAUAAUUAAGACAACGCACAUUCACAAUGGGGAAGACUGCGCCGAUCAAGAAGAAAGGUGGCGCAUCAGUGCACUCUCGCGCUGCGAAAAGAGCAUCCUCUCCUGGAAUCGACCUCGAUAAGUCGCUGAAAGAUUUGAAGCCUCCCCAAGACACCAAGAAACAACGACCUUCCGUCCUAGCCAUUCACCAAGGUUCAGGAGUCACAAAGAAGAAGAAUGGCAGAAAAACGGUAUUGAGUGCCAGAGCGAAGAGGAGACAGGAGAAAGGAAUGGACCGGGCAGAAGCAGUAAUGGACAAGACAGAGAAGAAGGUUCAGAAGAGCAAGGGAAAAGCCCGGACAGUUCAAGAAAGAGCGAAGAAUUGGGAUGAGCUGAACAAGAAGAUGCUGGCUCAGAAGGCAAAAGAAGAGGCUUUAGCAUUGGAGAAGGAGAAAGAGAAUUGGGUGGAUGAGGAUGAGGAUGAUAUGGAGGAUGUGGAGGUCCAAGACGAUCCUGCUGCUGAGGCCACGGUCACCGAAACGAUGGUCGUCGAGAUGAUUACCACAGAUUCGAUUGCUCAGUCGGUCCCAUUACCCCAACCGGAGGUGGAUGAGGAAGAACUGUAGAUGAGUCACGAUCGUUGCAUGGAAGGGCGUUCUGGUUGGGAAAAUCAUGGGAGGGGAUUUGAUACCACUAGACUAUGAUGAAUUAUGGCUAUCAUGUUUGUAGAUCACUCAUGCAAUAGAGAGCUAUACGCUUCGG